AUGGUGGAGGUGGGGCGCAAAGCCCUGUGGGAAUCAGUAAAGCGAAGGAGCCCAAGGGAAGCAAGGCCUGCCCACAGGGAAAUUCCAGGAAGAAAACUGGAAUGGGGACAGGGUCACUGUGACCACACUUCUCCUGGAAGCCAGCUCAGCUGGCAGACAGAGACACUGAGAGAACAGAAAGACACUAGGCUGGUGGGCCACACAGGACCACAGGCAGACAGGCAGAGCCCAGAGCAGAGCCAGCAGAGCCAACAGCUGCAGGUGGCCAGAGCCCUGGGGGAGGCUGAGGUAAAAUCUGCCCUGGAGCAGGUGACCCAGGAACGGGAUGACGCCAUAGCCAAGAAGCUGGCCGUAGAAGCUGAACUGGGCAUCUGCAGAGCCAAACUCCAAGCUACGGAGAAGCAACUGCUGGAGGUGGUGAAGGAGAAACUGGUGCUCAUGGAGGAGGUCGAGGCCUGGAAGGAUGAUAUGCAGGAGCUGGUCAGCCGACAGAUUCAAAGCCAGAUGCAGAGAGAAGGGAGUGAUCCCUGGGGGGACGGGGUAUCGGGGUCCAGAACCCAGCCUGGUCUGACCACCCACUUUUCCCAGUGGCAGUGGAGAUGGCGGAGGAGAGACAGUGGGCUGAAGCAGAUGGAAAACUGGCCUCCAAGUCAGGAAAAAAUGGCUUCCUAUUUUGCAUCUGAGAUGUAUGACUCUGGGCAAGUCAUCCCCUCAGUGACCUCAGAAAACUGCAGAAGAUGAAAUGUGGCAGAGCAGGCUCAGAACUGCAUUGGCAGAAGCAAUUUCCUCUUGGAAACUUCCCCUAGUCUAAUGAAGUCACACAACUGGUCUCCCCAGAAUGAUCUUAGGCAAUGCAAAACCACCACCUAAGGCCAAGAGAUCCUGGGAUCAUAAACAGAGAGCCGGAAGGGACCUCAAAAGCGUCUACUUAAAUCCAAUUCUCGUGCAAGUCAAAGACAUCACCCUGUGAUGUCAU